AUGGAGAACCCAGCUCUUGAGCUUAAAAUCAUAUCAGCCAGUGAUGUCAACCAUGUCGAUGCUACGGACAAGGUGGACGUGUACGCUGUCGUUUCAAUGAAAGGCGACCAUACUCAAACGAAACAAGCAGCCAAAACACCUAUUGACUACGAUGGUGGUUCCAACCCGACGUGGAACCACACUAUUAAGUUUUCCGUCAACGAGAAAUCAGCGUGUGAGGGUCUAUUAACCAUCUACGUCAAGUUAUUUAGCUAUUGGCUUGAAGGAGAGAACGACCUCUACUUGGGAGAAGUCAACGUCUCUGUUCAAGAGCUUAUUGCCUCAAAUCCACCGUUUGCUAACGGUAACGUCAAUAAAAUGAAGUUGAUAACUUACCCUCUCAGUUUCAUAGGAGAAACAAAACCUAAUGCAAAGCUGUCUCUCUCAUACCGGUUUAAACCGGUUAAGGAUCUCUAUCCUCCUACACCGGAUUAUUUAUCACCGUUUAGCCAACCUAUAUACCCAAACCCAAAUCCAACAGGAUCAUGUCAGCCAGUCAUAUACUCCCCUGAGUUACAAACCGCCACGGUAACAAAACUAGCCAUAGAGCUCGUGAUCAAAUGCGCCAAGGACAUAAAGAAAGUCAACGUCUUCGACGAAAUGCAUGUAUACGCUUCGGUUACAAUCCGUGAGGGCAAGAAAACAGUUAAGCAUAGGAGCAAUACACCUAUAGCCUUCUCCGCUUAUCAAAACCCUAAGUGGGAUCACCCCGUCAAGUUUUCACUCGACGAGGAGAUAAGCAUAUUGGAGAUGUCAAUGUCUUAA